UUUUUUCUUUUCCUUCCAUUCAACAUGUAAAGUCAGAUCAGGAAGUGCGGUGUUGUGACAGUAGAGAAGGAAGUGGGACCACAAUGGCACUAUGUUUGCUUCUGGGACUGGUAGCAUGAGAGGGCCCCGGGCGAAGACCCCUCUGCUGCUGCUGCUGCUGCUGCUGCCACUGCUGCUGACCACUCUGACAGGGACAGAAACACUCCCAACUGUUUCUAAUGCCACUUCAGCACUGGACAAUAAAGGCCCAAAUAUACUCCAGAACGGAAGCGAACACAGACAGCUGCGGACCCCACGGGCACAAAAAACACUCCCAACUGUUUCUAAUGACACUUCAGCACUGGACCCCUCCCUUAAAGAAGAGGACAGUGAAAGAUUGAAUAUACUCCUGAACCGAAGCAAAAACGGACAGCUGACGACCCCACCGACACAUAGUAAUAUAUCUUCAGAAACAACAAAUGACCCCCAGGAUUCGACUGACGUACCAGAGGAGGACAAUGGUUUGAGUCCCAUCAUCAUCCUGAUCCCUGUGGUUCUGGUGGUCGUAAUCAUCAGCAUGAUAGUUUGUGGUAUUUUCAUCCAUCGCAGGUGUAACCAAAAAGUGAGAGAUCAAGAGCUGGGAAAAGAGGAUCCAUAUUUGGAUGGGUCAAGUACAGAGAAGGUGCCAAUGCCCAUGUUUGAAGAAGAUGUGCCCUCUGUGCUGGAGCUAGAAAUGGAAGAGUUGGGCCAAUGGAUGAAAAAGGAUGGUAAACCUGCAGAGGACUCUAAACUUGCAUGAAUCUAUUUUUGUUCACCUCUCUCUCCCAUGAUUUCUGCAACAAUGGACGCUCUCCCGGCACGCAAGGACACACAGUCAACGAUGCAUUGAUGUCCCUUUGGACGUUCUGACCUUUCUACAAUAAUCCAGCAACAGGAACUAAUUAGACUGCCGUGAAACAACAUCCCAACUCUUUCAAGACAUGUAUUGUUUCUGUCAUGCUUUGCCUGUUUCGAUUGUAUUGUUGAACUGUUAAGCAGUUAUAAUCCAGGUAAAAGCACAGUAUGUUCUGUCGCAAUUAAUCAUUCAGAGUGAAGAGUAUUCCUGUUAAACCCAGAUAACACUGUGCUGUAGCUACCAACCAUUCAAUUUUUUCUGCAGAGUCAUACUGUUAAAGAGUAUAUGCGGUCAACUUAAAGCGCAUUAGGCUGAUGCUCUUCUCCAACCCUCACAGAUAUGACUGCUUGUAGUUACUUCUCUUCAGCUCAAAGCCUCUUUGUUGUAUUACACUGUGUCACUCCCUCCAGCUGCAGGUUUGAAUGGUGAAAUAUCCUGUAGAAGAUUGCAGGCAUGCAUGACAGAGAAGGCCACUCCUUUUCAUGCCUGUGCAGAGCUGGUCAGGACUUUUAGAGAAAGUGUUUUUAUUCUGUGUGUGAAAUCAGUUGCACCCGAUUUAUGAGUCUUUUGAUAAAUACCCGUUGCAGAAACAGCUUUCUAAAAGCUGCUACUAAUUAACAUUUUCAUGUCACCAUACAGUAGAUAAUAACUCUCUGACUGAAUACUUUAUGUUUACAGAUGCAGUUCAGAUGUUUUGUUUCCAGGUUUGGCUCAAAAGUGUUGAAUCUAAGCAGUCACAACACUGAUCUAAAUGUGAGUGCUUUCUAAACGUGUCAGUCAGUGUUUUGCAGUAUGUUGCACUGUAAAUAUGAGAAUACGAUAUACCAAAGAUAUUAUUUUCAAGGAAUGCCUUUUGUAAAUGUUUCAGCUUUGAAUAAAAUUUCAAUAGAUAAAAUCUCUAGAUGAAAUCAUGAUGGUGGUGUGGCUUUAGGGAUGGAAAUGUCGGCCAGUCCACCACUUUGUUUUUGAAAUAUCUCAACAAUUAUUGAAUGGAUUGCGUGACAUUUUGUACAGACAUUGAUCGUUCCCAGAUGAUGAAUCCGGCUGACUUUGGUGAUCCUCUGCCUUUUCCUGUAGCAUUGCCAUGAGGUUAACAUUUGUGGUUUGAGUCAAAUGUCUUGACAGGUGUUGGAUGGACUGCUAAGACCUUUGGUACAAACAUUAAUGGGAGGGGGGACAUUAAUGUUUGUACCAAAUAAUUGUACCUUUAUUAAGAAAGUACAAACGCUGUAAAUCUACACUUCUACCCUUAGAUGCUCUACAGCAGAAGGUGUAGGGUUUUUUCUCACUGAAUGCACAGGCAGAUUGACUUUCAAACAGCUUUGUUCACACUGUGCCAGAUUCUGGCUGAACUGGUUUACAUGUAAAUAAAACUGCAGUUCUUCUUACCAAACAUGAUGUGGCAAACAAUGUGCACAUCGUCUCACACCAGGCUUUACUGGUAUACGCUGUAUAAGGACGGGUAUGUUGAUAAUUUUGAUCACAGUGUCACAGUGAACAGAAAUGUGAUGUAAUCCCCUACAGGACACAUUCAUAACAUCAUAUUUCCAGUGACCCGUCUCUCUAAAUUUACCUUGUGUAGACUGAAUCACUGUCUACCCAGCAGGCACUGUUGCUGCCUGUCACACUCUAUCAGCUCCAUUUCACAGCCAUGUUUGUUUGCCUUCAAGAGCUGUGAUGUUACAGAGCAUCGUCCGUCUGUCGCAAUCAUCACAUUCAGUCAUUCUUGGGCAAUCUUUGAGUGGAAAAUACAGAGUACACCAGGGAA